AUGUUCGCCGUUCCCGGGUGGUCAGUAUCGGCCAGCGCGCUCAAAGCUCAGACUGUCGAGGGGCAGCCACCGGUCUCCCAAAAGCGGGCGGAUUCCAGUCGCGACGAAGACAGCUCGAGAUCAACGAAGAAGCGCAAACGGAGCAAGAGCAAGGCUAAGGAGGUAACGGCGGCAAAUGUCGUGGAUUUGUGGGAAGAGUACAUGGAGGGUAAGCCUCGUGUGGAUAAAAAGUCAAAGGGAAAACGAGCGACGAUGGAGAAUGAAAUUGACUCCGCAAAACAGAGCCUUUCAGAGGAAAAGGCCGUGAGCGAUGGACAGUUACCCGUUAAUGAGAGCGCGGCGGCUCAAUCAAGAAUUAGUCAGGGUGGUACCAAAAAAGUCAAGAAGAAGUCUGGCAAGGCGAAUAAAAAGCACGCGAAUCUUAUGCCGGUAUCGAAUGAAGCAGCCUCUAUAAACUCGACUGCACAAGCAGCGAGCCAGACAUUACAAAAGCAUGCAUCUUCGGCAAAAACAACGACGACUCAGACGACUCUGACGCCCCUGCAAACCGCCAUGCGACAAAAGCUAGUGUCAGCUCGCUUCCGCCACCUCAAUCAAACGCUUUACACAACGCCAUCAGCCCAGUCUCUCCAACUUUUUCGAGAUAAUCCCGAGAUGUUUUCAGAGUACCACGAAGGUUUUCGACGUCAGGUCGACGUCUGGCCUGAGAACCCCGUGAAUAGCUAUCUAGCCGAAAUCCAAAGUCGUGGUGCCCUCACGACGGCCCGGCGAGACGCCUCGGGUGAUCGAGCCUCUACCAUGCCGCUGCCGCGCACUGGCGGUAUCUGCACACUUGCUGAUCUCGGCUGUGGUGACGCUGCCCUCGCUACCGCUCUACAGUCUUGUCGCGCGCAGCUUCGCCUCCAUAUCCAUAGCUUCGACCUUCACGCGCCCUCGGCCCUCGUAACUCCGGCCGAUAUGGCGCAGCUUCCACUCAAGGAUGGCAGUGUAGAUGUAGCAAUUUUCUGCCUAGCCCUUAUGGGCACUAAUUGGCCCGAAUUUAUCGACGAGGCCUUCCGUAUCCUGCGCUGGAAGGGCGAACUCUGGGUCGCUGAGAUAAAGUCGCGCUUUGGGCGCGGUGCUACCGGUGCAGGCCGUAUCGUGGAGCACAGUGUCGGCAAUCGUAAACGUGCCGUCGUACCGCAUGAUGCCUCGGGGCCCUUUGAAGACACUGGCGUCCAAGACCAGUCCGCUGAGACUGAUGUAAGUGCCUUUGUCGAGGUCCUGCGUCGACGAGGCUUCAUAUUGCAGGGCGAAAGCCAUGAGGCCAUCAACCUGCAGAGCAAGAUGUUUGUACGCCUGAAUUUCAUCAAAGCAGCGACACCCACUGUUGGGAAAGGUGUACCACCUGCCUCGGCUCAAACGGGCUCCGAACGCUGGCAAAAGAAGAAGGUCAAGGGUAAAUUCCUUGACGGACCUGAAUCCGAGGCUGCCGAUGAAGCUCGAGUCCUGAAGCCAUGCGUCUACAAGCUGCGAUGA